AUGGAGAGUCAAGGGAAUAGCAAGAACUGUUCGGAACACUUCAACGAAGACCUCAAAGGGUUCUGCAAAGACUGAUUUGCUGGUAUUUGUUUCAGGUGAGCCAUCGGCAAGCACAGAAACCAUAAUAUCGUCAUGCUUGACGAGAUUGACGGUGGAGACUUGAGUACCCAAAUAGAUCUUUUUGACAACAAACUGUCGAGCAUCCGAGACAAAGCCAACAAUUUGCUUGAAAAAGCCCGAAGAUUUGACUCGCAUCACGACAGACUCCCUGACAUUCUGUCCAAAUUCAGAGAAAUCAUCGAGAAAUUUGAGUCUGGGGUUUACAAGAAAAUGAUUGUCGGAGAACUUGAGAAGAACUACAUGCAAGUCAAUGAAAUGGCAGACAAACUAGCAAUCGAGCAAAGUGAAGACACGAGGAUCUUCAAAAUGCCAAUUCUUGAUUCAGAAAACAACGAUGAGCUCGACAUCAAGGACUUUGAAUACAUAAGUAGUAUUAUUGAUGAUAGGCGAGUCCUUAUCAUGAAAUAUGAGCAAAAUCUAAAAAUUCAGAAAACUCUCAUAGCUGAGUAUAAUCAUAUCGACAUUGAUGAACAUAUCAUCGAGUUCUUUCAGAGUCUGUUCAUUGUCAAGAAGAAGCUUACUGACAGAAGGAUCAUCCACUACUUCGAGUGGGGGAACAAGAACAUUCACUUCUAUGAUGUGGUCAACCACAAGCAGACCAAGUAUUUGGUUGACUUCGACAAGUACAUCCCGAAGUUCUGCAGGACAGUUGUGACAGAUCACGGCAGACUCUUCUGCAUUGCUGGCAGACACCAAGACAACAUGUGCUGCAACUGGAUGCUUGAGUACAUCGAAGAGAAGAAGUGACUCGAACACAGAGCUGUCUUGAACGACCCCAGAAGUGACUUCACUGCCAUUUAUGACGGAGAAAUGGACAGAAUUUAUGCCAUCGGAGGCAAUGACGCUAAGAACUUCUACACCAACUGCGAAUACUACGAUGUAAACGAAGACAAGUGGGUUAGAAUCGCAAAUCUCAAUGUGGCCAGAGACUCUGCAGCCUGCUGCAUUUUCAACAGCAGGUACAUCUAUGUGUUCUCAGGUCGAAUCAAGUUCAACCCUAAAGAAAUUACAGAUGUCUGCGAAAUGUAUGACAUCGAGAAGAAGAACUGGGAAAUCAUCAGUCUGAACAAGAAAAACAGAUGGGUCCCUUGUGAUCUCGCAAUGUGCUACCAGAUAAGUCCUACCAACAUUUUGAUAUUCGGAGGAUUCGAUAGACAGAAUAGAACCAACGCAACGUUUGUGUUCAACACAUCUAAGAACACAAUUGAGAGAGCCUCAGAUUUGCCCACAGUCGGAAGUUUCUCAACAAUGGUGUUCCAUAUAGAAGACAAGAACCUCUACACAGUCGGAUGGAACAACACCAAGAAAAAUUUGUACAAAUACUCGAUCUCAGAAGGGCUUUGGUCUCUAGAUGAGGACUUCACAAUUUAGUCUUUGUAAUACUUCUAUAUGUUGAG